UAUUUCCUUUCAAUUCAGUGCCCUUUUUCUUUUUUCUUUUAAUAAAAAAUAUAAUAUAAGAUAAACCCAAUAUGACGUCGUUUUCUAAAAACUAAUUACCCGAAAGCUAACCAAAAAAAAAAAAAAAAUCGUCCCGCCGACCAAAAAUGCCGGCGACGAAGCCCAAAGCGCGGUCACCGAGCUCGGAUAGCAUGGGCACAAGGGUCUGGCUCUACUCAAUCUUGCUCACUCUGCAAUACGGCGCUCAGCCGAUUAUCUCCAAGAGUUGUAUCAGACGGGAGGUUAUUGUGACUUCAUCUGUCCUAACAUGUGAGGUUGCAAAGAUUGUUAGUGCCUUAUUUGUCAUGGCAAAAGACGGUACUCUGAAGAAAGUAUACAAAGAAUGGACUUUGGUUGGUGCACUGACUGCAUCAGGACUCCCUGCUGCUAUAUAUGCAUUGCAAAACAGUUUACUGCAAAUUUCUUACCGAAAUCUCGAUUCUCUUACGUUCUCAAUGUUGAACCAGACAAAAAUAUUCUUUACUGCCCUGUUCACAUUUUUCUUGUUGAGGCAGAAACAAUCAAUUCAACAGAUAGGGGCUUUAUUCUUGCUGAUCAUUGCAGCUGUUCUUCUAAGCUUUGGUGAAGGCUCUAGCAAAGGUUCUACUAGUGUCAAUGCUGAUCAAGUUUUAUUUUAUGGCAUCAUUCCCGUCUUGGUUGCCUCUGUGCUCUCAGGUCUUGCAUCCGCCUUGUGCCAAUGGGCUUCUCAGGUCAAUAAACGUUCAUCAUACUUGAUGACUGUAGAAAUGUCCAUUGUUGGAAGUUUGUGCAUGUUGGCUAGUACUUUCAAGUCUCCAGAUGGUGAAGCUAUCAAACAACAUGGAUUCUUUUACGGUUGGACUCCAUUAACUGUGAUCCCAGUUUUGUUCAAUGCUUUCGGGGGAAUUCUCGUCGGCCUAGUAACCAGUCAUGCGGGUGGUGUUAGAAAGGGGUUUGUCAUAGUUUCUGCACUUCUUGUUACGGCGUUGCUGCAGUUCAUUUUUGAAGGGAAACCACCUUCAAUGUAUUGUCUUGUGUCUCUUCCUCUCGUGGUUAGCAGCAUUUCCAUAUACCAGAAAUAUCCAUACCCAAUUAAAAAGAAGGAUUAGUAAAAUCUAAUGCUUUAUUAUGCAAAGGAUUCAUAAUUAAUCAGCCUUCAUUAGUUAUGGUUACAUUUUGGUUCAGCUUGUUGCACUUUACAAAGAUGUUAGGUAGAGUUUAUUUUAGUAGUUUCUAUGCUUGCUGUCAUCAAUCCAUAUAUUAUUAGAUGAUAUAAUUAUAAGACGCAAAAGAAAAUACAAUACAACAAGAGUAAUUGGUGAAUAUAUACAUAUAUAUAUUUAUUUAA